GGCGGGGCUAGGGCUCUGGCCCCCACUGCCCGGCUCCUGGGGGCUGUGACCCGGAUCCGUGGCCCCUGAGAGUCAGCCAGGAGCGGGGCAGGAGAGACAGCGCCGGAGACCGGCGGCUCUGGACCGGGUCCGAGCCUCGGGCUGCGCGUCGGGGCGGCGGCGCGGGCAGGCCAUGCCCCGGGACUCCCCGUCGCUGUGGGAGCUGGUGGAGGAACACGUUCCGCUCCCGGAGCGGCCCGAAGUAAGGAGGAUUCUGGGGGAGACCACGGUGGACCUGAGCCUGGAGCUGCGGACGGAGGUGAUGAUGCUACGGUCACUGCUCCGAGAGGCUCGAUCCUCCCAAGCCCCUGGCUCCUGCCGCACCCCUGACCCCUCCUCCCUGCUGGCACCGCCGCCCCUGCUAAGAGACCUUGUGCGUCAGGAGCUGCGGCAGCUGCUCCAGGACCUCCGCCAGAAAGCCAGCUUCGAGGGCAGGGACCAGACUCAGGCUUGGGUCCAGUAUAACCCCAGGGUCCUGCGCUUUGCCUUGGAGGAGCCCAGGUGUGAUUUACCAGAACAGGAGAUGUUCCAGAUGAGAGCUGGUGAACCCAGCAGCAGUCCCAGGGAUCUCAGCAUCAUCAGGGACCAACUGGACGCGUCCAACAUUGAUCAGGCGGCCGGACACCUGCGGGGCCUCCUGGAGGAGGAGUGUCGCGCCUUGGAGAGGGAGCUCCCCAUCCUGCAGCGCUGCCUGGAAGAGGAGUAUAUGGGAGCACCCCAGCCCUCCGAGGCAACCCUAGAGCCCACGCUGGCAGAGCUAAAGGAGCAGAAGGCAGCCAUGCAACAGGAGCUGCAGGCACCUCUGAGGCCCUGCUGUGUCUCCCCCAGCCACAGGCAGCAGCCCCUGAGGUCCUCCAGUCAGGGCCUCAGACCCUUGCCUUGCCUCCGUGGGGCCGCUGGAGUUUGGGGCCAGCCUCUCCAGUGCUGCCUGCCUGCUCCUCCUCUGGAGCGCUGCGCUCGCCCGCGGGGCCUGGCCGCCACCUGCCGCUGGGGACGGAAGCUUCGGUGCAGCCUCAGGGAAAGGCCAGCUUCUACUCCAGUGUCCAGUGCAGUGCCCCAGGCCCCAACCUGAGGACUGGUCAUGAAGUAGGCUUCGGCUUCUGUUGGAACUCGCGCUGUCUGCUGCUGCCACCUCUCAGCUGCUGUGGCCCCGCCGCUUCAGAUC